UCAGCACAUAAGAGUAGUGCUUUGGCACUUCAGUUGAUUAAGACAUCCCUCCAGUUAAAAAGGCCUGAAUUUGGUUGAUGUGUUCUGCAUGGAUUUUGUGCAUGAGUUGACCGAGGUUCUCCCCCAGCUAUUGAAACCCCACCGCUGACUCGGUUAGUUUGGAGAUGGACCCAAAUUCAGCAUUAAGCAGUAUGGGUAGUGGAGGAAAUGCCACCCCACUACCCUGCACUGGGUGUGGAGGUUCCUGUGGAGCACCACCCCCCUCCAUCGUGCUACCAAACACGAAUCAGAGUCCCUGCCUCACUCAUGCAGAGAACGGCAGCAGCUGGAACUCCUCCACCCUGUCGUCCUUGGGCAGCUCCCCUGAAUCUCACAUCCACCAGCAUCACGGAGCCUCCAACCCCUACUGGACGGCCGUAUUUGACUAUGAAGCAGCGACUGAGGAGGAGUUGACCCUAAGGCGCGGGGAUCUACUGGAGGUGCUUUCCAAGGAUUCAAAGGUGUCUGGAGAUGAAGGCUGGUGGACUGGUAAGAUCCAAGACAAGGUGGGCAUCUUCCCCAGCAACUAUGUGACGCGAAGUGACACCACGCUGCCCACUGGAGGUUUACUGGUGGGUGGUGAUAGUCCUCUGGAGAUCGACUUCUCAGAGCUGUUCCUGGACGAGGUUAUAGGAGCAGGAGGCUUUGGGAAAGUGUAUAAAGGCUUGUGGAGGGAGGAGGAGGUGGCUGUGAAAGCAGCACGCCAGGACCCCGAUGAGGACAUCAGCGCCACGGCGGAGAGUGUGCGGCAGGAGGCACGUCUCUUCUGGAUGCUCAGGCACCCCAACAUCAUUGCACUGAAGGGCGUCUGCUUAAAAGAGCCUAAUCUUUGCUUGGUAAUGGAAUACGCUCGUGGCGGGGCACUAAACCGGGCACUCGCGGGGAAGAAGGUUCCUCCCCGGGUUCUGGUUAACUGGGCAGUGCAGAUUGCUACUGGCAUGGACUACCUGCACAACCAGACCUUCGUGCCUGUUAUCCACAGGGAUUUGAAGUCCAAUAACAUUCUUAUUCUGGAGCCAGUGGAGAGGGAUGACCUGAGUGGUAAGACGCUAAAGAUCACAGACUUUGGAUUGGCACGGGAGUGGCAUCGCACCACAAAGAUGAGUGCAGCGGGCACCUAUGCCUGGAUGGCUCCAGAGGUCAUUAAACUGUCGCUCUUCUCUAAAAGCAGCGAUGUGUGGAGUUUUGGGGUACUUCUUUGGGAGUUGCUGACUGGUGAAGUGCCGUAUCGAGAGAUUGAUGCCUUGGCUGUGGCCUAUGGCGUCGCCAUGAACAAACUGACCCUCCCUAUUCCCUCCACCUGCCCUGAGGCCUUUGCUCAACUGUUGGGAGAGUGCUGGAGCCCGAACCCUCACAGUCGUCCCUCAUUUAGUAGUAUACUGCAAAGGUUGUUGGCCAUCGAGCAGUCCUCCAUGUUCCAGAUGCCACUGGAGUCUUUCCAUUCACUGCAGGAGGACUGGAGGCUGGAAAUCCAGCAGAUGUUUGAUGAGCUGAGGGCCAAAGAGAAGGAGCUGCGUUCCUGGGAGGAGGAGCUGGCUCGGGCUGCAGAGGAACAGAGGACGCAGGAGGAGCUGUUGAAGAGACGAGAGCAAGAGUUAGCAGAGCGGGAGAUCGACAUCGUGGAGAGAGAGCUGAACAUCAUUAUCCAUCAGAUGUACCAGGAGAAACCACACGUGAAAAAGCGCAAGGGCCACUUCAAGAAGAGCCGGCUCCUGAAACUGGGCCGAGACAGCAACUGUAUCAGCCUGCCCUCUGAUUUUGAGCAUAAGAUCACAGUGAAGGCCUCUCCCAGUAUGGAUAAGAGGAAAAGUCAGGGCAGUGAGAGCACCACUCCCCCUGCCAGUCCAGGUGUUAUACCUCGCCUCAGAGCCAUUCGAUUGACCCCGAGUGAUGGGAGGAACACUUGGGGGCGUACAGCAGUGUGUAAGAAAGAAGACCUGGCAGGGGCAAAAAAGAAGGGCCGCACCUGGGGUCCAAGCUCCACCCACCAGCGGGAGCGUGUUGGAGGAGAAGACAGGUUAAAGUCACUUGGAGAGGGGAAGGUGUGGUCCUCCAGUGCUCCUAAUCUUGGCAAGUCCCCCAAACAUGUCCCUAUAACUGGUGGCUUCUCCAGUCUCAAUGAGAUGGAGGAACAGUCUGAGCUCGAGGAGCGAUUGGCUCCGGAGGGCAGUAGCAACGGGGCAGCGGAGGAUGCCAGUCACACAUGGACAGGUGUAGGGCCUGGAGUGGGUUCCCAGGAUCCUUUGCGGCGCUGCAAUCAGAGGAAGAAGAGUGACAUGGUACUGCUGGGCUGUGCCUCAAUCUUGGCUGCUGUGGGCUUCGGCUCAGACCUGCUCCAGCUGGGACGAUUGCAGGUGAGUCAGGACGAACAGGAUGCACGAGAGGAGCAAAGAAAAAAGAAGGAAGGUCUGUUUCAGCGCACAGGCAGAUUCCGGCGCAGCACAUCUCCCCCAAGCCGUACGCUGUCCCUGUCCUUGUCCCACAACCGUCAUCAUCAGGAGUCCGCGCUGCCCUGCCUGGACCCGUCUCCUUCUGUCACACUCCUCUCCCUCUCCUCUCUUUCUGACUGCAACUCCACCAAGUCCUUGCUGCCUUCAGACCCAGACGAUCUGAUCCCAAGUCCGAGCAGCACUAUGCCCUGCCCAGCACCCGCUCUAAACCCCCUGCUGGACCUGCGAGCAGAGAGUUUCAAACGGGAGCCCAACCAGUCGCUCACACCCACCCACGUCUCUGCCACCAUGGCUGUGAACCGCGGGCACCGACGCACACCAUCUGACGGUGCCAUCAGACCUCGUGCACAGACAGUGACAGGGCACCGACGCACGCCCUCAGACGGCAGCAUGCCGAUUCCUCCCAUCACACCUAAUAAUGCACCAAACACAGGUUCUCGUGACGCUCUAGAUAUCCCUCGUCUCCCGGAUCCAUCCACAAUCUUCCCCGCAGCGCAUCGGCGUAAAGCUCCUCCUUCUUCCGAAUCCCAGACCGGAACCCUCGAACGGCCCAAGACGUUGGAGUUCGCUCCCCGUCCCCGCCCCACCCCGGCCCGGGCGCGCCCAGACCCGUGGAAGUUGUCGUCACUGUCCCGGACGCUCAGUUCAUCUCCAGGGAGCAGCUGUGACAGUCCGCUAGGCUCUGGGGACAGCGGGGUCAGUGCAGGAGCCACCACUGGCCGCCCAACUCUGCUGGACAUAGACAUGGAGGGGCAGAGCCAGGACAGCACGGUGCCUCUAUGUGGGCAGCAUUCACAAGCCACAAUGUGUGAGCAGCACUUCUUAUAA